AUGGUCCUCCGCAUCCGCCUCGCCCGCUUCGGAAAAAAACACUCUCCCUUCUACAACAUCGUCGUCGCACACGCCCGCACAGCACGCAACUCGCGUCCCCUCGAAGUCCUCGGCACCUACGACCCAAAGCCGCAGCCCCCACGGCCAGGCGACACACACGGCCGGGCGUGGAAAGAUAUCCAGUUGGAUCUUGCGCGCGCGCGGUAUUGGGUGGGUGUCGGGGCGCAGCCGAGUGAUACGGCGUGGCGGCUGUUGAGUAUGGUGGGGAUUUUGGAGCCGAGAUGGAGGGUUGGGAGGGUGGGAGAGAUGGUUAGGGCGAGGAGUGCGGCGGGGAGUUUGAGGGGGGAGGGAGGGCGGGAGGAGGCGGUUGUGGGGUAA